CAGCUGAGCAAUAACGAGGGAAGGAAAAUCCAGGGAUUCUGAGGGACGAGCCGCUCCCGAGGAUGAGCGCCGUGAUCCUGCUGCUCCUGCUCUCCGCCGGGAACGCCGGAUCCCAGCCGGACUCGGCGCUGCCCCGGCGGCGCCUGUCGUGCGUGAGGUGCUGCGGGCCCUCGGAGCAGCCGGUGUCCAUCAUCUCCCAAAGAUCCGCCAGGAUGAGCGGCCAUCCCCGGUAUUCCCUGCCCAAAAUCCAGCCCACCAUCGACAUCACCAUCCUCAAAGGCGAGAAGGGCGAGAUGGGCGAGCGGGGACUCCCCGGAGCCGCCGGGAAGGCGGGAGAGCGCGGAUGGCGCGGGCCGAGCGGCCGGAAGGGCCAGAAGGGGCAGCCGGGGCCGCAGGGCCACUCCUGCAAGCAGCAGUUCGCCGCCUUCUCCGUGGGCCGCCGCCGGGCCCUGCACGGCUCCGACUACUUCCAGCUCGUCACCUUCGACACGGAAUUCGUCAACCUCUACCAACACUUCAACAUGUUCUCCGGGAAGUUCUUCUGCUACGUGCCGGGGGUUUACUACUUCAGCCUCAACGUGCACACCUGGAAUUUCAAGGAGACCUACGUGCACCUGAUGAGGAACGAGCAGGCCGCCGCCGUCCUGUACGCCCAGCCCGGCGACAGGAGCAUCAUGCAGAGCCAGAGCCUGAUGCUGGAUCUGCAGGAAGGGGACGAGGUCUGGAUCCGGAUGUUCAAGAGGGAGCGGGAAAACGCCAUCUACAGCGAGGAGUCGGAUGUUUACGUCGUCUUCAACGGGCACCUGGUCAAACCCGCCCUGGAGUAG